AUGGCUACUAUUUCUUCAAAUACUAAACCGCAUUACCAUGCCAGAUCCAAAAGCUUACCUUCUUCAUCAGACCAACAAUCCAUAUUCAAUAAGUUCUAUAGAUUUGAAGAUUCUCAAGAAGCCACCAACUUUUGUUCAUCAUCAUCAUCAUUUAUAGGCAAUAAACUUAAAUGCCUGAAUGAUAUGUAUGAAUCUAUUCAGCCAUUCCUUAUAUUGCCAUCCACUCAACAAUCUUUAGCCCAAGGAUGCUACAAAGAACAACUGAACAAGUUUUUAGAUGAACUCGUUGGGCUUUUGGAUCUGUGUAGCACCACCAAGGAUGCCUUUUCCAUAUCCAUGGAUUGUGCCAAAGAACUCCAAUCGGUUAUUCGCCGAAAAAGAGGUAAUAAUCACGGGUUAACUUCUUCAAUCGAGGGUUAUCUAUCCCACCGGAGAAAAGUGAAGAAGGUUGUUUGUAAAACAUUGUCAAGUUUGCAGAAGCAAUGGGCUUCUUCAGUCAAGGAAAGCCACAGAACAGAUGCAAACAUCAAUAUAUUGGAAGAAAUGAGAUUAAACACUUUGGCAGUGUUUGAGUCCUUGUUGAACUGUAUUCUUGGAUCAAACACACAGUCAAGGCCAAAAGGCUGGUCUUUGGUCUCCAAAAUGAAAGGCAGCAAGCGUGUCCAUUGUUCUGAGACUCUUGAAGAAAGUGAACUGAAGAAGGUGGAUGAUGAAUUACAUGCCUCAAUGAUCUACAAGAAAACCAAAUUAGACAGCUCAGUUGUAGAGAAUGUAAAAGUAGGCUUAGCAGAUAUGGAAUUUAGCCUCCAAGAUAUCUGUGACCAGUUAGAAUGCCUUUGCAGAUACUUGAUCAAAACUAGAGUGUCAAUUCUAAAUAUCCUCAGCUGUUAG